ACCUCCCGAUCAUUUUGUUAGGCUGUGAUGCCCUGGUAAUUUGUACAGACAUUUACCGAUUUCGGGGAGAAGUUGCUUCUUCAGAUUCACCAUCACUUCUGACGGGACCCUCCGGAGGAUAAUAAUCAAUUGAGUAUUGAUACACACCCAACUAAAAAGUAAUUUUACAGGGACGUCAAAAUGCUACGGAUUUACUUGUGCUUGAGUGUUGUUGUCAACGUGGCCGUCUCGCAGGAAGCUGAGGAACCCAUCUCAUACACGUGUACAGAUGGCUAUACAUUUGACAUGGAACGACAAGAAUGCAAAGACAUCAACGAGUGUACCACGGUGCCCGACGCCUGCAAGGGCGGCAUGAGGUGCAUCAAUCAUUUCGGAGGCUACUUCUGCCUGCCCCAGAAUGCCCAGAUCAUCGUUAGUAAUGGUGACGACGAGCCCACCGUGGCCCCUCUGGUGGAGGAACAGCCUCCUCUGGCACCCGCCCCUGCUUUGCCUAUCCAACGGGUCAUCCAGAGCUCUUUCCAAAGCCAGGGCACCAUGCAGUGUGCCGCAGGGUUUGUGGUGGACGAGCUCAACUACUGCCGUGAUGUGAACGAGUGUGAGGGGAGCAACCCCUGUCAACACCAGUGCUACAACAUCAUGGGCUCCUUCAUCUGCCAGUGUGAGCAGGGUUAUGAGCUAACCUCCAACCAAGCCUCCUGCCAAGAUAUUGAUGAAUGCGCCUUCUCGAGUUACAUGUGCCAGUGGCAGUGUGUGAAUCAGCCCGGAGGGUAUGUCUGUACCUGUCCCGAGGGAUACCAGCUCCAAGGCAACCGAAUGUGCCAAGACAUAGAUGAGUGUGAAACAGGAAACAACUGCCGUGAGGACGAGAUGUGUUGGAACUACUUUGGUGGUUUCCGCUGCUACCCCAGGAACCCUUGCCACGAGCCCUAUGUGAAGACAGGAGAGGGGCGUUGCAGCUGCCAGUCGCUCACAAUUUGCCGAGGCCUGCCGCCGUCCAUCGUCUACAAGUACAUGAGCAUCUCGUCGGAGCGCUCCGUCCCAGCCGACAUCUUCCAGAUCCAGGCAACGAGUGUCUACCCUAACAUGCACAACACCUUUAGGGUCAAGUCUGGCAACGAGGGUGGGGAGUUCUUCCUCAGGCGCUCCAGUAACGUCAGUGCCAUGCUGGUGAUGACCAAGCCGCUGACCGGACCUCGGGAGCACGUGGUCGACCUGGAGAUGGUCACCCACAACAAUGUCCUCAACUACCGCUCCAGCUCUCUGCUCCGGCUCACCAUCAUCGUGGGACCCUAUGCCUUCUAAGUUCCAGUUACAAAUUGCUCUUAAUCACAGAUCUUAAAUCAGUGUACCCGUCCCCAUAUCUCAUAUUAUCCAUUAGAGGAUAAAAAGCAAAACUGGCCUUAGACCAACACACACAGAGCACAUACUGGAGGAGCAGGAGGGUGGAAUCGCCAGGCCACAAUAUAGUCACUUUAUGCAUCACUGGCUAAUGAUAACAUUGUAAGAGCAUAACGUGACUUAAAUUGAACACAACUCUUUCUUACUCAUCCUUUGCUAAAUGUACGUAUUGCACUGUAGUAGGAGAAUGAGUUCUCAUCACAUUGAAAUCGUUGUGAAAUCUCUCAACAUUAGUCUAGUCAAGAUGUCAAGAUCCUGCAGAGAAAUUACCAGUGUUUGAAAUCACACUUGCCCUUUUUAUCUUUUACCAUAGUUGCCAAGUGAGGUUCACAAUCACAUCAUAUCCCCUUUAACAUCACUGAUUUUGUUUGUUUGGAAGCUUUUCAUUUACGUAGUUGAAAAGAAACGUACAGUAAUGCAAUGUGAUGUCAAUAUAAAUACCAAUUGUCUUUGAAAAGAGACAUACAGUGGGGCAAAAAAGUAUUUAGUCAGCCACCAAUUGUGCAAGUUCUCCCACUUAAAAAGAUCAGA